AUGUCAGAGAGUGGCACGAUGCAGAUCGGAGGGGUGCCCAGGCAUCCCAACGUCGUUUCCCUGCCCAUGCGCACGAACACGAAGUUCGGCUGGCGCCCAGACAUGCCAGACCAUCGCGACCUCCACUUGACCUUUGGCAAGGUCGAUGCUCCUAGCCAGAUCAAGAAGAAGGCCGAGGGAGCGAAAGAGAUCAUUGACCUGCGACCCAUGAACGGUGGCUUCCCCAUCUUCGAUCAGGGACAUCUCGGCAGCUGCACAGCAAACGCUUUGGCAGCAGCCUUCCACUUCACCCUCCACAAGAUGCAGGUGGAGAACCACAAGGAUUUCGCAGACUUCACCCCCAGCCGUCUGUUCAUCUACUACAACGAACGACUCGUCGAGGGCAGCGUGAACCAGGAUGCUGGUGCCAUGCUCCGCGAUGGCAUCAAGACGAUGUCCAAGGUCGGCGUUUGCCCAGAGAGCGUCUGGAAGUAUGAUGACCAGCAUGAUUUCUUCAAGCAGCAGCCCAAUGACAAAGCCUACGAGCUUGCACAGAAGUGCAAAGUCAUCGGCUAUGCGCGCGUGGCACAGGACUUGAGUCAGUUCAAGAUGUGCAUCAAGAGCGGCUACCCCUUCGUCUUCGGCUUUGCCGUCCUGACAAGCUUCCAGACAGCGGAGGUUGCCCGGACCGGCAAGAUGGUGAUGCCCCAGGCAACCGACCAGCAGCUGGGCGGCCAUGCCGUGUGCGCUGUAGGCUACGACGACUUCCAGCAGUGCUUCAUCGUCCGCAACUCCUGGGGAGAAGCGUGGGGCGACAAGGGCUACUUCUACAUGCCGUACGAGUACAUCUGCCACCCUGCGCUCGCCCACGACUUCUGGGCCAUCAACUGGGUCGACGGCUUCAAGAAUGCGAGCACCAAGAAUCCGAUCAAGAAGUGA